GGUAGAACUACCUACAUGACGAGCAAGAGCAAGAGCAAGAGCCACUGGCGCCAGAGCAAGAGUAAGAGCACGACGAGAUACCACCUCUUCUAGUCCAUGUCGCUCGCGCGGCUGCUCACGCUCCCGCUGGAGAUCCGGGAGCUCGUGUGGGAGCAUGUGCUCACUGAAGCCGACCAGACUCUCGUCACCUUCCGUCUCGAUGCCUUUCAGCGCGAGUACUACUCUUAUUCGACGCAGCCGGCGUUGGCACGCGUGAGUCGACAGAUUCGGUCUGAGAGUCUUCCGGUACGAUGUCCCACGACCGACGCAGAUGCCCUUCAUGGGUGCAUCUCUGAUGACCUGGCAUUAUGCGAGGAAGGGAGAGCGAGAAAGAGAUAGAGGUAGAGAGAGAGCGGGAGAGAGGGAGAGAGAGAGCAGCAACUGAUCAUGCCCAUGGGCCGGUGUAGAUCUGGUACGAGCGCAACCGCUUCAUCUUCCACACCGAGGACGCCAAAGCCCAAGACGUGCGCACGUGGCUGCGGUGCAACGAGUUGCAUUUGGAACACAUCAGACACAUUACUCUAUGGGUCAGAUAUAUUCCGCCGGCGAAUGCUCACUUGCAGGGCGCUCUGGCCGUGUCGAUCGACCGCCGCAAGAAGCACGAUCCUUGGCAGGUAGACCCGAACUGGACGUGGAUUACUGUGCUACGAAGACCGCCGGAUCUUGCACGCGAUGCGAGCUAUCUGAUCGAGAAGCUGAGAGACAUGACGUCCAGUAUAUCAAAAGACCGUGCUGGCGUCGACGACUACUACGCCCUCAUCUACCGUCUGCGACUGCUCUACAUACAGGAGAAAACGUCCGCAAGGCAACUGGAAUGAAGCACUCAUCUCGCGGCAGGUGCUUAAGGAGGGUUCGCAACCCAUCUGGUGCAGCAGCGGAGAGCCAGGGCUUCUGCUUCCUGGCUUGGAGAUGCCUCGUGCUCGGCAUCGUUCUCCCCGAUUCAGCCAGCAAUUGCACAGCAAGUGAGAAGGAGAAGCAUAAGCAUAAGAGGGUCAGUCACAGGACAGCCAUGAUUUACGCCUUCGUACAUGACGCAUUCAUGCUCAAUGUGCUUGAUACCUUGUAACUUAUGCAUUGCCGUCUUGCUCUCAACGUCCUUGGCUACUUCGCCUGUGCUAGCGACAUCCGGGGAUCUUCGAUUAGUAGAGUCACUGAAUGUGGAUGAUAUGUGAUUGCAGAAGGUUGUGGUAUGGUGGGUGGUCAAAGUAAGCUUCAGCGGUCCGAACGACGUGAUGAUUAGCAUGGGCAACACUGUACACACUGUACUGUACAGUGACUCAGUGAAGCCGAUCUCUCCUUGACGACUCAACGCAGCUACUUUGAACAAUGUCAAUUCCUUCGUCAGGGUACCGUGGUCUGUUGCUGAUCCCCGCCCUCGUCAGGCACCGUAAGCCUGUCAAAAGUCUUGUUAAGUUGUUAUUAUAGCCAAAUGGUCGCGGAUCUAUCCGCCAAGAAAUUGAAUCCAUCAUGGAGGAUCUUUCGUGACACUGGAAAACUUCCUUCUCGCCAGAGCCAUCAAUACGUCCCUCCCACUGAGAUUUUGCACUAUGGUGAAUAGGAUAUUUGCCCCCGUGAGCUUCUCGCGCGCUCUUCGUUCUAAUUCACCAUGCACAAGGUACACGCCGACUCCGCCAAUUUCGCCGAAGGCGUAAGCAAGACGGAGGCAUACAACCAAGUUAUCGAACAAGCAGCCGCGCUGUUUGAUGGGCAACGCAACUGGGUAUGCAAUACCGCCAAUACAGCUUCUCUUCUCUGGCAUGCCUAUCACGCGCUGCCGCCGCCGAGUAAUCAGGUGAACUGGUCUGGUUUCUACAAAACUGAUCAAGCCUCGACGAGCGAUCAAUUGAUCUUAGGUCCCUUUCACGGCAAAGUUGCGUGUCAGACCAUUCGAUUCGGCAAAGGCGUUUGUGGAGUCGCGGCUGCAACUCAGCAGACGCAGCUUGUGCCUGAUACUGAGAAGUUUCCAGGUCACAUCGCCUGCGAUGGAGCCAGUCGAAGCGAAAUUGUUGUACCCAUCGUGAAGGAUGGGAAGGUCGUUGCUAUUAUCGAUAUCGACUGUGCGGUCGAGAACGGAUUUGAUGAGGAAGAUCAGGCAAAGUUGGAAGAACUUGCCCAACUGCUCGCAAGUGCUUGCGACUGGUAAGCUAAGUGCUCCGUCACGUUGAUUUACAUGCAGUUGUGAGACUUCUGUCAACGACAUGUUCGAUCGAUCGUGGCCCUGGCCUCGUCCAAUGACAGCAAAAGUAUUCGCAUUCUUGAAGAGAGCGAAACCUCGGCAAUCAACUUGUGGUGUUCGCCUCACAUUUUGCUUCGAUAUAUCGGCGGAAGCUCGCACCUGGC